UGGAGUCUAGUGCACGUCGACUGUCUGUGUUUGCAAAACUAGAAAUACAGCAAGUUAUUUCAACAAUUGACUUCUGUAUUAAACUGUUGGAGUGCACCUAAGUUUAUGACCUACAUUUAUCAUAUCAAGUUGAACUUCCUGUUGAUGAGACUGUGACGCACUUGGAGGAAAGUGAAAGUGAAGCCGAAGUUCUCUGCACUUGGGUUUGUUUGACUGACGGAAGAUUGAGAGAGGACUCGGCCGCAGAGGUAAAUACGGCAUCGUAGUAGGCAACGGACACAGCAGCUCGCGCACAGAGUGAGCUCCAUCGAUGAAGGAGUUUCUGUGAGCAGCGUCAGAAGAAGAAGCUGAGCUCAGCUGGAAGCUCCACCUCCAAACAUGGACACAAGUCAGAGCAGAGAGCUGCUCCCAGGUGUGGACAGAGAGGAGGAAGCUCCUCCCUCUAAAGCCCCUCUGGGUGAGGACCAUGGCAGCCAGACCAGAGCUCAGAGAUCAGAGACACUCACAUCAGAAGCUGCUGGACGAGGACACGGACCUGGACCUGCUCCCAGCUGUGUGUCUCUGAAGACUGACAGGUCGAUGCAUCAUCCUAUUGAUUUCAAAGGUGGACUAGAGCCUUCAGAAGAGAGAGAGGAUCAGCAGGUCUCAGAUGUUCUCAGUCCCCAGUGUGUCCAGCAGCAUCAGACAGAUCUGGACUCCACACUUCAGCUGCUUGAGCAGACUGUCAUGACCCUGGUGAAGAAGGAAGUGAGGAGAGUCCAAAGGUUCCUCAGUCCAGAUGAUCCCAAAUACCAGGAUGAUGAGGAAGAGCUGAAGGUGAAGUGUGAUGGGGAGCAGAUGAGGAGCAGCAGAGAAGCUUUCCUGGACUUCAUCAUGAACCUCCUGAGGAGCAUGGGGGAGGAGGAGCUUGCUGGUCGUGUGUGGAGCAUAAGUCGUGGUGGAGCGUGUGCAGGACGACUGAAGAGGAGCCAGCAGAAGAAGUUCCACAGUGUGUUUGAGGGGGUGGCUAAAGCAGGAAACUCCGCCCCUCUGAAUCAGAUCUACACAGAGCUCUACAUCACUGAGGGGGGCACAGACCAGGUCAACCAGGAGCACGAGGUCCGACAGAUCGAAGCAGCAACCAGGAACCAGACCAGAGCAGAAACUACCAUCAGACAAGAAGACCUCUUUAAAGCCUCACCUGAGAGAGAGGGACCAAUCAGGAGCCUGCUGACGAAGGGCGUGGCUGGCAUUGGGAAGACCCUCCUGACACAGAAGCUGACUCUGGACUGGGCUGAAGACAAAGCCCACCAGAACUUCCACCUCAUGUUUCCUUUCACCUUCAGAGAGCUGAACCUGCUGAAAGAGAAGAAGUUGAGUUUGGUGGAACUUGUUCAUCGCUUCUUUCCUGAAACCAAAGAAUCAGGACUCAGCAGCUUUGAAGGAGUCCAGGUUCUGUUCAUCUUGGACGGUCUGGACGAGUGUCGACUCCCUCUGGACUUCAACAGUCGGGUCCUGACAGAAGCUACAGAGUCCACCUCAGUAGACGUCCUGCUGACCAACCUCAUCAGGGGGAAGCUGCUUCCCUCAGCUCACCUCUGGAUAACCACCCGACCUGCAGCAGCCAAUCAGAUCCCUCCUGAGUGCGUGGACAUGGUGACAGAGGUCAGAGGGUUCACUGACCUCCAGAAGGAGGAGUACUUCAGGAAGAGGUUCAGAGAUGAGGAGCAGACCACCAUCAUCUCUCACAUCAGGAGCUCACGAAGCCUCUACAUCAUGUGUCACAUCCCCAUCUUCUGCUGGAUCACUGCCACAGUUCUGGAGGACAUGUUGAAGAGCAGAGAGACCAGAGAGCUGCCCAAGACCCUGACUGAGAUGUACAUCCACUUCCUGGUGGUUCAGGCCAAAGUCAAGAAGAUCAAGUACCAUGGAGGAGCUGGGACAGACACAGUUUGGGAUCCUGAGAGCAGGAAGAUGAUUAAGUCUCUGGGAAAACUGGCUUUUGAGCAGCUGCAGAGAGGAAACUUGAUCUUCUAUGAAUCAGACCUCACAGAGUGUGGCAUCGACAUCACAGCUGCUGCAGUUUACUCAGGAGUCUUCACACAGAUCUUCAGAGAGGAGAGAGGACUGUACCAGGACAAGGUCUUCUGCUUCAUCCACCUGAGUCUUCAGGAGUUUCUGGCUGCUCUUCAUGUCCACUUGAUGUUCUUCAACUCUGGAGUUGAUCUGCUUGAUUCACAACAAACAUCUGUACUGACAAGACUCUUUAGAAACAAACGUCUUCCAGGACAUUUCUACCAGAGAGCAAUAGAUGAAGCUGUAGAAAGUCCAAAUGGACAUCUGGACUUGUUCCUGCGUUUCCUUCUAGGUCUUUCUCUGCCGAGCAGCCAGAGUCUCCUUCCAGGUCUGUUGACACAGACAGGAAGUAGCUUCUGGACGCAUCAGGACACAGCAGAGCUCAUCAAGAAGAAGAUCAGUGAGAAAGCGUCUCCAGAGAGAAUCAUCAAUCUGUUCCACUGUCUGAGUGAAGUGAAGGACACUUCUCUAGUGGAGCAGGUCCAACAGCAGCUGAGAUCAGGGCGUAUCUCCACAGAUCAAUUGUCUCCUGCUCAGUGGUCCACCCUGGCCUUCAUCUUACUGUCCUCAGAGGAAGAUCUGGAGGUGUUUGACCUGAAGAAAUACUCUGCUUCAGAGGAGGCUCUUGAGAGGCUGCUGCCUGUGGUCCAAGCUUCAAAGGAAGUUCUACUGAGAGACUGUCAGCUGUCAGGGAGAAGUGGUUACCUUCUGUCCUCAGUCCUCAGGUCUCCGUCCUCUCGUCUGACACAACUGGACCUGAGCUACAACAAGCUGAAGGAUCCAGGAGUGGAGCUGCUGUCUGCUGGACUGAAGAGUCCACACUGUCACCUGGAGACUCUCAGGCUGAGCUGGUGUCAUCUGUCAGAGAGAAGCUGUUCCCUUCUGUCCUCAGUCCUCAGCUCUCCGUCCUCUCUUCUGACACAACUGGACCUGAGCUACAACUAUGACCUGAAGGAUCCAGGAGUGGAGCUGCUGUCUGCUGGACUGAAGAGUCCACACUGUCACCUGGAGACUCUCAGCCUGAGCUGGUGUCAGCUGUCAGAGAGAAGCUGUUCCCUUCUGUCCUCAGUCCUCAGCUCUCCGUCCUCUCGUCUGACACAACUGGACCUGAGCUACAACUAUGACCUGAAGGAUCCAGGAGUGGAGCUGCUGUCUGCUGGACUGAAGAGUCCACACUGUCACCUGGAGACUCUCAGGUCAGAUGCAUUUGUCCUGCUGUGCUCUUUUUACUCUCCACCUCUGAACAGGAAAUGCAAAAAGGAAGUGCAACAAAUGAUUGAUGAAAUGCUGCAGGACAGAGGACGAAAUAAAGAAUUUCAAGUCUGGUCCAAAUGGAGGAUUGAAAAAGUCUCACUUGUUGAUGACACUCGUCUCUUUCACAGCCUGAGCUGGUGUCAGCUGUCAGAGAGAAGUGGUUCCCUUCUGUCCUCAGUCCUCAGCUCUCCGUCCUCUCGUCUGACACAACUGGACUUGAGCUACAACUAUGACCUGAAGGAUCCAGGAGUGGAGCUGCUGUCUGCUGGACUGAAGAGUCCACACUGUCACCUGGAGACUCUCAGUCUCUCAGGGUGUAUGAUCUCAGAGAGAGGCUGUUCUUCUCUGGCCUCAGGUCUGACCUCUAACCCCUCCCAUCUGAGAGAGCUGGACCUGAGCUUCAACCACCCAGGAGGACCAGGACUGGAGCUGCUGUCUGCUGGACUGGAGAGUCCAGACUGGAGGCUGGAGACUCUCAGGCUGGAUCACUGUGGACCACAGAGGUUAAAAUCUGGACUGAAGAGAUACUUCCGACCACUCUCACUGGACCCAGACACAGCUCACCGGCGCCUCCUACUGUCCAACAACAACAACAUGGUGGAGCUAGUGACGGAGGAUCAGGAGUAUCUGGACCAUCCCGACAGGUUUGAGUGGUGUCCUCAGGUGAUGAGCAGAGACGCUGUGACUGGUGUCUGUUACUGGGAGGUGGAGUGGAGAGGAAGAGUUUCUGUGGCCGUGACUCUCAGGAGAGACGGAGGGAAAGAAGACGAGUCUGAGUUUGGACAGAACCGUUAUUCCUGGAGUCUGAGCUGCUCUGAUGAUGCUGGAUAUAAAGUCUGUCACAAUAAGAGAGAAACUGUUAUCAAGAGCUCAGAAGUCUCUCACACAGUUGGACUGUUGCUGAACGCACCUGCUGGAGUUUUGCACUUCUACAGAGUCUCCUCUGGAGUCCGGACCCCCCUCUACACUUUAGUCAUCCCCACUAAACCUCUGUACCUGGGAUUUGGACUCAGAGAGGCUCCUGGUUCUGGUUCCUCAGUAUGUGUGUGAGACCUCUAGAGUGUGUUCCUGCAACAGACUGGAAUAAACUGUAAAUGAACAGAAAAUCUAGAUUCCCCUCUGGAUCUUUGUCUUUUCCCACCAAGAUUCCCCACUAAAGUGAUGAGAAUGGUAGCAGUGAGGAAGCGUGCAGCUGAGCUCCUCUCAGGAGGUCAGCAACUGUAACUAGAGGAAGAAUAGUCGAGACACACCACCAUGGUAAAUUACCUGUUCUGUACCACAGAGGUUAUGACAGUAAAUAGAUGUAAGAUAUAUGUUUCACAUCAAAGAAAGAGGUUGUUGAUAAAGAUAUAAAUCUUAGUAUAUAAAUUAAAUACAUAAAUACAUUGUAUUUGUGUUUAAAAUCCUGCCUAAUAUCUGCAGACUGUGAAGAAAAAAGCACAGUUACAUGGCAGAGGCUGAAUCGAAAAUAUUGUUUCUAGUACCGUUUUAAAAUUGCUUUUGUUGUGUUUAUUUUUGUCUCUGUUAGAUUUGUUUUCUCUCACCUCAACAUCUCCCAAUAUCUCUUUUGUAUUGUGCUUUUCUCUCUCUUUUCUCCUCUGGUGAUUGAACAUUUCUGAGAAAUGAAAACCAAGCCUUUCAACCGUGUCUUCAGAAACACCUCUUGACUCACAUCUCAUGAGUGUUUCAUGCCUGUGGUGGAGGACCACACUUUUCUAUUAAUUCUCGUUGUUAAGUCUGACAUUUGUGUGUUCAACUGCUCUUUUUGUCUCAAUUUUAAAGUAGAAUUCUACGUAUUCACAGACAAUAC